AAAACACUAGUUAGGAGUAGUGACUUAAGCCAAGACAAGACAGGGUUUUAGGAGCAGGAAUCAUAUCCAUCCUUGAACCCUAAAUUCAUUCAACUCAUCAUAUGGAACUUCAAACUUUUUGUUCCACUCUUUCUUCUCAACCGCUUCAAUUAUCCUACAAACAUCAUUCUCAAUUCAGAUGUCAGAGACCCAAUUUUGGCUUUACAAAUGCAUCUAAAUACUUGAAAUUGGUGAUUAAAGAACCUUCAUUUUUGGGAUUCAACAAAUUUCAAAGGACUGUUAUACAUGCUUCUGAUUCCACUGUAAAUGGUGCAUUGGAAGUUAAACCGAAUGGAAGUUCUAGUGUUGUUGUUAAUGGGGUGGAAGUUGAACCAGGAAGUUCUAGUGUUGUUGUUAAUGGGGUGGAAGUUGAACCAUUUCAUGGUAAAUCAGGUUCUGUCUCUUUUUAUGGUUUGACACACCAAUCUGUAGAAGAAGGAAAAUUGGAAUCUGCUCCCUUUAAACAAGAGGAGAGAUCUUAUUUAUGGGUUUGGGGUCCUCUUGUAUUCAUAUCGUCUUUGAUUCUGCCACAGUUCUUCAUUAGCAAUGUUGUUGAGGCUUUCUUUGAUGAUAUGAUUUUAAAAGAUAUUGUGACUUCACUCUCUACAGAGGUACUGUUCUAUUUAGGAUUUGCAACAUUCUUACAGGUGGCUGAUCGCGUCCAGAGGCCAUAUUUGCAGUACAGCUCUAAAAGAUGGGGUCUCAUCACUGGACUCAAAGGAUACUUAACCUCUGCUGUCCUCACAAUGGGUUUGAAGAUUUCUAUUCCUCUCAUUCUUUUGUACGUAACCUGGUCAGUGAUCCGCGUGGCCACAGUUGUUGCUAUAGCUCCCUUCUUAGUUGGCUGUGUUGUUCAAUUUGCAUUUGAGAGAUACUUGAACAAGCGUGGUUCAUCGUGCUGGCCUCUAGUCCCUAUUAUAUUUGAGGUAUACAGACUGUAUCAGCUUACAAGAGCAACUAAUUUUGCUCAGAGGUUGAUGUACUCUAUGAAGGGGAUGCCUGCGUCACCUGAAGUGCUAGAACGUAGUGGAACUUUGUUUGGGAUGAUGGUGAUCUUCCAGUUACUGGGAAUUGUGUGCCUUUGGUCAUUGAUGACAUUUCUUUUGAGGCUAUUCCCUUCUAGGCCAGUAGCAGAAAAUUACUGAUUUUUGUAUGGAACAAAGAAGAGUGUUGUAUAUAUUCGGAGUAGAUAAUGUUUGUAAGGUGAUUAACUUUCAAUGCAGGCUUUUCAUAAAAGCCGUGUCACUGUAAUUCAUUUCUGUUUUAAUUUCAGUAUCAUCAUUUACCAAGAAAA